AGCGCCUUAUAUAUUUUGGAAGUUUUGAAGGUAACAUUGGAGCUGCGGUCGUGUUUUGCUUAUUAUUUUGUUUUUAUUAAUCAAUUGUGUUACACUUACUGUUAUUUUUUUCUCGUAUUUAAUUAAAUUUUAAACCCUUGAUCAUGUCCCUACUGCCGUAUCUUCUUAAGGCAGCUGGUCGUGUUCCUGCGACUCGCAUGAGUAGGGUUCUAUACGCUCAAAGAUGUGGUUUCAGUAAGCCUACUUCUCAGGAUUCUUCUAUGCCUGGAGCUAGCAGUUCUACCUAUGAUUUCAAUAGAACUACAGGAUUCGACCGGAUGACUUACCCAGCGAUAGAAAACUUACGCAAAUUCAAAGAUUCUCCAGAAAUUGAGAAAAGACGAUUCUUCUGGGUUGUACGAAGUGUUGCUUUGUAUGCAGGACUGUUUGGAAUCUUUUCGAUAAUUUAUUGGGGCAUUCUUUAUCCCCGUUUAAUUUUCCAAAUUUAUGAUCCAUAUCCUGGCUAAAAGACUUGAAACAUCAGUGAAAUCCUAGUUUGAUUAUUAGAAUGUCUAAGCUAUUAAUAUUGUUAUUCAACAUUAUAUUAUCAACUAUUGUCGAUUCAAGCAAUUAGUAAUCUUUGAAAUUGACACUAGCCUACACAGUAAGUGUUACAAAUGAUUACAGUGUUUGAAAAGCAUUUGCAUAUAAGUUCUUAAUAAUAAAACAUGUAUGCAGAAAA